AUGCGCUUCGCCAGGAGUGGCCCGCUGCGAGCGAGCCCAAGAGUACAAUGGGCGCAAACUCGAAGCUUCCAUCAAUCAUCACGGCGCCUGCAGGAUGUAUUCCACACGCAGCUCGAAGACCCCAGCGCGGCCGCCGUCCUCUCCUCCUUGAAGACGUCCCCGAGAGUGCCACAGACCCUGACGGAAAAGAUCGUGCAGCAAUAUGCUGUAGGCCUGGCCAAGGACAAGUUUGUGAAGUCCGGCGACUAUGUGACGAUAUCGCCGCACCAUUGCAUGACACACGACAAUUCGUGGCCGGUCGCAUUGAAAUUCAUGUCGAUAGGAGCGUCCAGACUGCAGAAUCCCAAGCAGAUCGUCAUGACGCUGGACCACGACGUGCAGAAUAAGUCGGAGAAGAACCUGACCAAAUAUAGACAAAUCGAAGAGUUUGCGAAGAAGCAGGGAGUCGACUUCUACCCUGCAGGACGAGGCAUCGGACAUCAGAUCAUGGUCGAGGAGGGAUAUGCUUGGCCUGGCACAUUGGUGGUCGCCAGUGACAGUCACACGAACAUGUACGGUGGCAUUGGCUGCUUGGGGACACCAGUGGUGCGGACAGACGCGGCCAGCAUAUGGGCUACGGGCCGGACAUGGUGGCAGAUCCCCCCUGUGGCCAAGGUCACAUUUAGGGGUAUCCUACCGAAAGGCGUCACGGGUAAAGAUGUGAUUGUCGCACUAUGCGGGCUGUUCGACAAGGAUGAUGUUCUCAAUCAUGCGAUUGAGUUCACGGGAUCCGAGGAGACGCUCCAAAGCCUUCCCAUCGAUGCACGGUUGACCAUUGCGAACAUGACCACGGAAUGGGGCGCUCUGUCGGGGCUAUUUCCCAUGGACACCUUGCUGCAAGGCUGGCUACGAGCGAAAGCAACCAUGUCCGCUUUGGACGCAUCAGAGGGCAGACUCGCAAACGAACGCUUCUCGCACGCGAGACUGGACGAACUCUUCAAGCAUCAGCUUACGGCAGACAGUGGCGCUCAAUAUGCCAAGUACUUGCACCUAGACCUGAAUACUCUUUCCCCGUACGUUUCGGGGCCGAACUCGGUCAAGGUUGCCACACCCUUGAAUGUACUUGAGGAUCAGAACGUCAAGAUCAACAAAGCAUACCUCGUGUCCUGCACAAAUUCUCGCGCCUCAGACUUGGCGGCAGCUGCCAAGGUCUUCAAAGACGCGGCUGCGAAAAACGGAGGGAAGAUUCCCAAGCUUGCUGACGGUGUCAAAUUCUACAUUGCUGCGGCCUCACAGCCCGAGCAGCAGAUUGCCGAAGAUGCUGGAGACUGGCAGGCUAUGUUGGAUGCUGGUGCAGUUCCUCUCCCUGCCGGAUGUGGUCCCUGCAUCGGGCUUGGAACAGGUCUGCUUGAGCCUGGCGAGGUUGGCAUUAGCGCCACAAACAGGAACUUCAAAGGCCGGAUGGGCAGCACCGAUGCGAAAGCAUACCUUGCUAGUCCUGAAGUCGUGGCAGCCAGUGCUCUGCACGGCAAAAUCAGUGGGCCUGGUUGGUACGAGAGACCCGAGGGCUGGUCUGGGGUCAUCCGCGGCAAAGGUGACGGUAUCCGAGAGGAGGAUCGAAUGAUUACUGCCGACGAAGCAUUCGACAAGAUCAUCAAGCAGUUAGACAGCAUGAUCGAGUCAGCCGAGGAGACAUUCGGCGAAACGCAACAGGCAAACGAAGCAACGACAGGCUCAACAGAGGUUUAUCCUGGCUUUCCUGAGCGGGUGGAAGGUGAGAUCAUCUUCUGUGACGCAGACAACAUCAACACGGACGGCAUCUACCCCGGGAAGUAUACAUAUCAGGACAACGUGCCUGUCGAAAAGAUGGCGGAAGUCUGUAUGGAGAACUACGAUUCUAAUUUCAACGCGAUCGCAAGACCGGGCGAUAUUCUGGUCUCCGGUUUCAACUUCGGAUGUGGAAGCUCUCGCGAACAAGCAGCGACCUCAAUUUUGGCAAAGAAAAUACCUUUGGUGGUCGCCGGCAGCUUUGGGAACAUCUUUUCGAGAAACAGCAUUAACAACGGCUUAAUGGGCCUUGAGGUCCCCAAACUGAUUCGACGACUACGCGAAACGUUCUCAGAGGCAGAUAGUCCCAAGGUGUCGACGGAUCCGUUAGAGCCAGUGGGCAAUAAAGAAGAACAACAGAGUCUCGAUUCGCCUCCACCAGCCGUGACACGACCACGGGAGAAGCAGCUGUCACGACGCACCGGAUGGAGCUUGGUGUGGGAUGUGAAGAAGUCCCAAAUUGAGGUUACCGAAGGUCCCACCGGGAAAACAUGGAUUGAAAAGGUCGGUGAGCUACCGCCCAACGUCCAGGAGAUUAUCGCGAAAGGUGGCCUCGAGAAAUGGGUACAGAAAGAAAUUGCUGCCGUCUGA